UAUUUUAGUCACCCAAACCGAAAGCUGCCCAAUGUUUCUUCUCUAUCCCGACUCUCCGAUCGUCAUGUCUCGCGACCCUCUCUUUUUCAUCGUUCUUUGAACGCACGAUUAACGCGACAAUGUCCGCACCAAACCCUAAUUUAACUCACAAGUCAGUUGCCAAAUCGUUCACAAACUCUCUUAAGGCCGAUAAUCAGCUUAUUGAUUCCCUCACAUCUCACAUCUCUCUAUAUCACUCACAUUCACUUUCACCAAACACUAACCCUAACCCUCACCCGCGAUCUUCAAUUCUUAAAUGGUUUUCAUCGCUCACCGUCCAUCAACGUCUGGCGCACCUGACAAUCGUUGAUUCGAAAUUCACUCAGCUCCUCAUUCAAAUGAUUGGGAAAGUGCGUACAAAGGGCCACGGCUUCUUCAUCAUCCUGCCGGACUUACCUUCCCGUGUUCCGCCUUAUUUGCCUGGUCUCUGUUAUAAGAAGUCACGUGGACUUUUAAGUAGGGUAUACGAAUCAAACGAGACAGAGCGAUGGAUUUUGGAGUGCACUCGGUUGUUUAACUCGCGAGAAGGUGAAAAAAUAGAUGAGUGUUCUUGUUCUACUGAUUUUCUUGAUUGCGUUACGGUAAGUGAAGACUUUGUUGGAAAUGUGGAUCGGUUUGUUGAUACAAUGGAUAUAGUAUCCAAGGGGGAGUUUCUGAGAGGUGAAGAGAGUGAAUUGGGGGCGGAUUGGGUGGAAUUUGAUUGGUUAAAAGCGAAGGGUUAUUAUAGCAUUGAAGCGUUUGUAGCAAAUAGGUUGGAAAUGGCUCUGAGACUGGCAUGGCUGAAUAGUAAUAAUGUGAAGAAAAGAGGGGUGAAGUUGAAAGAGAAAGUAAAUGCUGCAGGUGUGGCGGCAAAUGUUUAUUGGAGGAAGAAAGGGUGUGUGGACUGGUGGAGGAAUUUGGAUGCUGCGAUGAGAAGGAAGGUCUUGACCACAAUUUUUGGAAAAGCAGCAAAAUCCCUGACUCUUGAGGUUCUAAAGGAGGUCAGUGCCCAAAAGGAUGAAACGUGGCUCUUCAGUGCUGGAGUGGAUCAAUCAUUGAGGUUCAACCAUAGCAAACCACGGCAAGAAAUGAUACUGGGACUCUUAGCUGAUGCCGAAUGUGGCUUAGUCAAUGCAUCAACUUCUCUUUCUGAGAAAUCUACUUCCAUAACUAAUACAUUUAAUAGUUUGCUUGUGCUUCAGGAUAUCAGUCCUAUGAUAUUGUUUUGUCGGCAUAAUGAAUAUGAUAUAGACACUAUGUUUUUUAGCAAUCUCAGUUCUCUAAGUACUAUAACUGAUUGUUUUCUACGAAAACUGAGAGUUCUCCUUAUGGUUGUUUCACUUGAAUGCACAAAGCUAGAGCUUUUUGAAGAAGGAAAUUUCAAGUCAUCACCUUGUAAAUCUAAGGAUAAACCCAGUGCUUGUGGCCGUAGAAAGAAGGGGAGGAACCGGAGUAUGAAGAGGCAGAAUUCUUUGCCAAAGUCAGCUGUGGAUGAGCAGUUGUUUGAUAAACCAUCUAAGUUGCUUCAUUUAUCUCAGGAUCUUGAAGGUGCUUUGGCUGAUACAGAGAAAGCUGGUUCAAUUGAGUCCAAUAAUAUGCCUGGUAUACCUGAUGGGAAAGAUAUCUGCAGAGGAGAAUCAUCUUUAGCUACAGAAAGGGUCAUCAGUCACCAGGAACAUGGCCAAGGAGUGAUUACUGGUAAAGGACGAACUACUGCAAGGAAGGGUAGGAAAGAGAAAAGUAAAAACAAAAAUGCUAGUUCUAACAAUCUAGUUGGAGUGAAAGAUUCUAAAAUAUUAGUGACAGAAACCUCCUUCUCAAUUACUAAACAAAAUGAGGCAGCAAAGAAUGUGGCAUGUGAUAAUUCAUCCAUCCAGAAUGUCUCAAAGGGUAAUGUAAAUUUUGGUGACAUAGUGACCUUAAAUACAAGUUCUUGCCAUUCUGCUAAUAAGCCUGGUACAGAAAUUAUUUAUACUCAGAGCAUAGAAGAAGAUCCUGUGGUUGUUUCUAACGAUCCAGAAUAUCAGCAGUUAUCAAGUGUUAGGAUAGAAAAUCAAACUAAACCUUCUGUAGAAGAAGCUAUAAACUCUAAGGAAGAAUGUAAUAUAAUGCCUCAUGCUAUGCCUGAUAAGGAGCUUAAUAGUGUUCUAGGCAAUGGAGGCAUUAAAUUUCAAAAUUCCUUUCAUACAAGUAAAACUGAGGUAAAAUCAGCUACACUUGGAGUUGGUACUCUUGAUGUGGGGAAGGAACGUGUCUUGAUUCAGGAUCAAGAAAAUGGAAAUUUAUAUGAUACUGCUUCAAAAAGCUCUUUAGAAUGUCCUUCUUAUGAGUGGCCUAGUGUUCCACCUGUUUAUUUUCCUACUAUUAGGUCACAUCUCCCACCUGCCACUGAUAGAUUGCAUCUAGAAGUUGGUCACAAUUGGCAUAACCAUGUGCGUCAACCUUUUGUACCCACAAUGCAUCAGGCUAGAAAUUCCGCCAUUGAAGGUGGAUGCAACCAAAUUUUGUCACAGUCUUUGACAAUGAGUUUAGAUUGGCCUCCGAUGGUAAGAAAUGUUUGUGGAAUUGCACCUUCAAUGGCCUGUAAUUAUGAUUCCGGAUUUGUCUCCACACGACAGUCUGGCUUUCAGCAUAGUUUUGCUCCUAAGAAUGUGCUGUUUAAUGCAAAGACCACUGAUGAUGAAAGAAAGUAUUCUGGGGAUUUCACAGACUUGCCUGAGCUUUCAUCCACACAGGAACCAACAGAUGAAUGUGACAGUCACUGGAUAUCUGAGGAAGAACUUGAGUUGCAUGCAGUUUCUGGGUUAGAUUAUAAUCAGUACUUUGGUGGCGGUGUCAUGUAUUGGAAUACUUCUGAUUUUCCGGGGACAGGUUUCUCUCGGCCUCCUUCACUAAGUUCUGAUGAUAGCUCAUGGGCUUGGCAUGAAGCUGACAUUAAAAGGGCAGUUGAUGACAUGGUUGCCUUCCCUUCUUCUUAUAGUACGAAUGGUUUGACUUCACCAACUGCUGCUUCAUUUUGCUCUCCUUUUGAUCCUUUGGGCUCUGGUCAUAAGGCAUUUGGUUAUGUUGUCCCGGGAAAUGAAGUACCUGGAAAGGUGCUUCAUCCAUCAUCAACAACUACAGAUGUGGCAACCGAGGAGGAAGCUCCUGUGUCUUUGGCCAGUUUACGCGGUGAUGUUGAUGGGAAGACUGGAGAUUCACUUCCUUACUCCAUGUUGCGACCUAUUAUUGUUCCAAAUAUGUCGAGGGAAAGAUCAAGAUCUGAUAUUAAGCGAAGCCCUUGUGUACCUCCCACUAGGCGGGAGCAACCUCGGAUAAAAAGGCCACCAUCACCUGUAGUGCUUUGUGUCCCUCAGGCUCCACGCCCACCUCCACCCUCUCCUGUGAGUGACUCCAGGAAAAAUAGGGGUUUUCCAACUGUUAGAUCUGGCAGUUCUAGCCCAAGAAAUUGGGGUGUGAGAGGUUGGUACCAUGACGGAACUAUGUCGGAGGAAGCGUGUGUACGUAUGGAUGGUUCUGAAGUUGUUUGGCCUUCAUGGAGAAAUAAAAACCUUUCAGCCCAUCCAAUGAUUCAACCUCUUCCUGGUUCAUUGUUGCAAGAUCAUUUGAUUGCUAUUUCCCAGCUUACUCGGGAUCAAGAACAUCCGGAUGUAGCAUUUCCAUUGCUGCCACUGGAGUUACAAAACUGUCCUACUAGAAAGGCAUCAGUCUCUUUGAUGCACAGCCUUCUUCACGAUGAGAUUGAUUCCUUCUGCAAGCAGGUUGCUGCUAAGAAUACCACUCGUAAGCAUUUCAUUAAUAAGGCUGUCAAGUGGGUUACUCGGUCUCUCCAGGUCCUGUGGCCGAGGUCAAGGACAAAUAUUUUUGGUUCAAAUGCAACUGGUUUGUCCCUUCCCACCAGUGAUGUGGACCUUGUGGUUUGUCUCCCUCCAGUGAGGAACUUGGAACCUAUCAAAGAAGCUGGGAUUUUGGAAGGUCGUAAUGGUAUUAAAGAAACUUGCCUUCAGCACGCAGCCAGGUAUCUUGCGAAUCAGGAGUGGGUGAAAAAUGAUUCUUUGAAGACUGUUGAAAAUACAGCUAUACCUAUUAUUAUGCUUGUGGUUGAAGUUCCACCUGAUCAGAAUACUUCUGCUGCUGCUAAUGUACAAUCACCAAAAGAGGAGCCCGCUGAUACAACUGUGAAACAUGUUGAUCAUGUUCACUCUGAUGUGAUUGGCUUAGAAGACUCUUCCUCACCAAAGUGCUCACAUUUAAAUUAUGAUAGUACAAAAGCUGUGACAUCUGUUCGUCUUGACAUUAGUUUUAAGUCCCCAUCACAUACUGGACUCCAAACUACUGAACUGGUGAAAGAACUGACAGAGCAAUUUCCGGCUUCAACGCCCCUGGCUCUGAUACUAAAACAAUUCUUGGCAGAUCGUAGCCUGGACCAAUCCUACUCUGGUGGCUUAAGUUCCUAUUGCCUGGUUUUACUAAUUAUACGUUUUCUACAACAUGAGCAUCAUCUUGGCCGGCCUAUUAAUCAGAAUUAUGGAAGCCUUUUGAUGGAUUUUCUUUACUUCUUUGGUUGUCAAUUGUACAGGAAUGUGUUUGAUCCUCGCCAAAUGCGUAUUUCAGUGCAAGGAACUGGAGUAUAUAUAAAAAGAGAAAUAGGUUAUAGCAUCGAUCCAAUACACAUUGAUGAUCCUCUUUUUCCAACAAAUAAUGUGGGGAGAAAUUGCUUUCGAAUACAUCAGUGUAUUAAGGCAUUUUCAGAAGCUUAUUCAAUCUUAGAGAAUGAGCUUGCAUGCCUGCCUUCUAAUGGUGAUUCAUGUUCAAGGCUGCCAUACAAAUUACUACAAAAGAUCAUCCCCAGUAUCAAUUUAUUGUAGGGAUUUUGAAGAAUUCUUUUGUGCUUUUUUGUUUAGGGAGUGGCUGAUACAUGAAUUCGAUGACUGAGUUACAGUGGAGAUGUGGCUGCCAGAACGCCAAGUCACUGUGUUUUGGAGUUAACUGAUCAGAUUUGAGGGUGCCUUCAUCUUCUGGGAGGUGAUGCAUGUGAGUGUGUCUGUACUUUUCAAUGGCUUUGUCUGUUUGGUUUAAUGAUAGAAGACAAGAUCCAGCCAAUUGCACUAAAAACUGCAUGUUUCUUGGGCACAUCUUACUUCGUAGCUACGUUAAUCUGCGUGUUGGAUGAAAGGUAUUGUGUUGCAGACUGUUAUUAACAAUUUUAACUUAUUAUCUUUCAUAUUCUUGCCGCCUCCUCUUUGUUUGGGUCUACAGGUGAAGUGAGUCAUGAAAGAUGGGCUGAAUGAUUUUCGGGGUAGAAUAUGGAGGAAGGAGGACUGGAUUCUGUUGAUACUGUGUUUUGAACGUGAAGUUGAGUGAGGAGUUGUAAAAUUUUUAAUGGAAAAACAACGUUUGGAUAUUGGCAUUGGCAUUGGCUACUGUGGGCUGAUGCAAAGAAGGAUAUUCACCAAAGCGGACCAAGCGGUAAUGAAUGAAACUUGGCAUCUUAUAUUCAGUAUGUUCUUUAACGUGCUAUUUAUUUUAUUUUUCCAACUUUGUUUCUAUUAUUUUGUAAUUGUUAUCAUUAACAUUGAAGAUGUUGUCCAUGAUCAGUACUUUCUUUUCUGCAACAUUUUGUUCUCCUUUUUAUUAAUAUAUAUAUAUUAAUAAUAUUUUA